UCGUAUAUAAGGGGCGCGAAGGCGCGCGCGCGCACACUCGCUCGCACCUCUCUCGCGCCGCACGAUCGAUUUCCCGCCCUUUGUCAUUUCCACCGGCGCGCGAGUUCCUCUACGCGAUCCAAGCGAGUUAAACCGCCAUGAGUUCCACGGACUUCCGCCUGGAGCGCAGCCAGGAGCUGUCGGCGGAGACGCGCGCGCUGGCCGAGCAGGAGCUGCGCGAGACCCCCGAGCGCGUGCGCGAAGCCCUGGAACGUCUGCGGGAACUGCUCAAAGAGAACAAGGACCUGAACUUUGCGGAUGACGAUGAAACGCUUACAAUCUUUCUACGUCCCUGCAAGUGGUACCCGGAAAGCGCUCUCGCACUGAUGCGAAGGAUAGCAGAGUUCAAGCGAGACAAUGCGUCGUUGCUAGACGGGUUGAUGCCCGACCACGAGAAGGAUGCCUUCCUCAACCACAACGUGGUGAACGUCAUGAAGGGCCGCGACCACAAGGGUCGGCGGGUGCUCAUCGUCAACGCCGGAGGUUCCUGGGACCCGAAGAAGGUGAACGCGGACCAGCUGUUCCGGCUGUUCUACCUGAUCCACGAGGCCGCCAUGCUGGAGCCAGAGUCGCAGGUGCGCGGCACCGUCGUCAUCAUGGACUUCAACAACAUGGGCUGGACGCAGACAAUGGGGCUGACGCCGUCGUUCUCGAAGCGGCUGCUGACGUUCAUCCAGGACGCCAUGCCGCUGCGGCUGAAGGAGGUGCACUUCGUCAAGCAGCCCAUGGUCUUCAAUGUAGUCUGGAACAUGUUCAAGCCCUUCGUUAGGGAGAAGCUCAAGAACAGAAUCUUCUUCCACGGCUCGAAGAUGCCGUCGCUGCACAAGCACCUGGCGCCGUCGCACCUGCCGGCGGACUACGGCGGCGAGCUGCCAGCCAUCGACUACCGCGGCGCCGAGUGGUACCCCGUCAUCAACGAGAUCAUGCCGCACAUCGAGAAGUGGAACUCCUUCGGGUUCGCAAAGACCUCGUAAAUGCAUUUAGUGGAUUUUACUCCUCGGUGAAGCGCAUUUGUCUGCAUGGUGUCGUGUGUUGACAUAUAUCGUCGGGUGACAAGCAAAAGUCACUAACUAACACCAUUGAAAUUAAUGGACAAUAAACCGUGUUACACAUGUAAUAAAGUGCAUUGUUACUUUAAUUUUUUGAUAGUACUUAGUGACGUUUGCUUGUCACCCGACGAUAUUAAAAUUAGUGAUCCAAGAGACUCGAGCCUUUAGCUCUUGUUUUAGGGCUCGCUUCAUCUCUUAACGCCUAAAAGGCUAAAAGCCUAUUUUACUAAUUAAAUAGAAAAGGCUUUUAGCCUUUUAGGCGUCAAGAGAUGAGGCGAUCCCUAAAAAAGAGCUAAAAAGGUCGAGUCUUUUGGAUCACUAAUUAAAAUUGAUCUGGACUAUGCAAAAAAUAGUCUGAACAAUAGUUUAACACCAGAUAAACUUCCAAGAUCUAGGUCCCCGAGGUCUCAAAUAGGUAUCUCGAAUUCCUAUAGGACUUUAUUAGAUAAGCAAGUUUAAUAUGCGUCAACACAAAUGUCCCUUUCACACGUUCAACAAAUGCUCUUCGCUAAUGUUGUAAGUAUGUGGAUAAGCCACGAACUGUAUACAAAGACCCCUUGUAUUCGACAAGCCGCUCCCGCGAGGUGUAAAUGGAUUCCUUUCACACACGACCUCGAGGUCCUAAGAUAAAGGGGUCAGAGUAGAUUAAUAGAAGAUUGCCAUAAACAAGUGUUUCUAUACAGCAAGCAUACAAAGGCUGCUGUUCAGAUUAGGGUUCUUAGUUAAUUACGUAAUUAGUGUCGCAUGAAUGCCCAUGACAACUGUUGUGAAUGUCUUUAUGGAUUAGUUAUGUAGGUAGCUAUUUUAAGUUAUUGUAAUAAUAAUCGUUAUGAAUGGUCGGAGCAGCUGCAAUGUUUUGAGUGUGAUAUUUGAUGCAAAUACAUAAUUAUUACACAAAAAUUGCAUGUCUUCGUUUUACUUCGAAACGAGUGGUUCAAAAUAUUAUUGAAAUAUAUGUUUGCAUAAUAUUACGGAAAAGUGAAUAUCAUGACAUUUAUAUACUAUGAAUGAAAAAUAUUUUAUUAAAUUACGAUUUAUACAUACCUAUAUAAUUUAUGCUCAAAUGUGGUUCGAUUUAUAAUUGUGACAUGAAAUUGUGUGCCUUUUACAAUUAUGAUUCAAAUAUACAGAGGCUGUGAAUGUUAUGUAGUAUACAUGUGCCAGUUGAUUACCAUGUUCACCAAAAUGUAGGUUUAGGUAUAAGUCGUCAACUUGUAUGUGAUAUACAUUAGAAACAUGGGCAAAGGAGACAACUCUCUAGCUUCGUGGAUAGAUUUCAUACAGUAAUUAUACAGGAUGAAAUUUUAACCACUAGCCAUACUCUGCGUAGUGACUUUAUAGGUGAUACUAAACAACUUUUAUUAUGGGACCAAUGUGAUGCCGCUGAUUUCUAUGGGACAGCCAAUUUUUUUUGCGAUUUCGGCAUUAGUCCCGUCAUAAAAGUUGAUCAGUAUGAGUAUGGCGAGUCGAUAAAAUUUCAAUCUAUAUGUCUAGUUAUCUCAUCACCAAAAAUCAUUCCAAGAAUUAGCUUUCGAAUUCCAUAAAAAAACAUGUUUUGAUGUGUUAUAUACCUGACUUGCUCAAAGAAUAGAUAUUAUGUAAUUUAUGUAUAUAUAUGUACAUGAAAAAGUGUCCUUUUAGAAAUCUGUUUUAAGUAAAGAAAGUUUAUAGGAAGUAA